GUGCAGUAAGAAGUGAGUGAAUGGGAGCGGCCGGUUGGCUGAAGUUGUGGCACUGUUCAACCCCCCAAACCCGCGCGCCUGUGUGCUCUCCGCCUGUAAACCAGUGCAGCUCUGCGCCUCACUGACAGAUACAAGCUUGAUGACCCGGGGCUAGUUAAGAUCGUUAAAACUAGAAGACCAAGUCACGCCGAAGACAAAAUAUAUUUGCUUUAAAGUCCAAAUAACAAACACUGAAGUUAAAUACGGGCGCACGAGCUCCAAGUGUGGAAAUAGCCUAUUGCAGUCCAAAUUAAGGUCCGUGUGUGUAAGUCUCUGUAUCUCUGCAAUGUUCUCCUGCCGCUCUCUCCUGCUUCUGCUGCUCAGUGUCUGCAGCCUGACUGCUCCCUCACUGGCUCUGCCCUUUGAGCAGAGAGGAUUCUGGGACUUUGCUAUGGAUGGAGAAGUGGGAGAUCUGACAACGGUGAUGAUGAGAGAUGAAGAGGGUUCAGGUGUAGAGGAGCUGUUACCAGAUGUGUCCUUAUGCCCCUUCGGUUGCCAUUGUCAGCUCAAUGUGGUUCAAUGCUCAGACCUAAGUUUGACUGCAGUUCCCAAGGAAAUUCCCAGAGACACCAAACUCCUGGACUUACAGAACAACCGCAUCACAGAACUGAAGGAGAAUGACUUCAAAGGACUUACCAACAUCUAUGCUCUGUCACUGGUCAACAACAAGAUCUCCAAAGUCCACCCGCGAGCCUUCACACCCCUCUUACGCUUAAAAAAGCUUUAUUUUUCUCGUAACCUCCUGACAGUGAUACCCAAGAACCUUCCCCCAUCCCUGGUGGAGCUACGCAUUCAUGAGAACCAUAUUAAGAAGGUUGCAGAAGGAACGUUCUCUGGUCUGGGCAGCAUGAACUGCAUUGAGAUGGGCGGAAACCCUAUUCAGAACAGCGGCUUUGAGCCUGGCGCUUUUAAAGGCCUGAAACUCAACUACCUGCGCAUCUCUGAGUCCAAACUCACUGGAAUACCAAAAGACCUCCCUGACAGUCUUCAUGAGCUCCACUUGGACAAUAACCAGAUCCAAGCCAUCGAACUGGAGGACCUGAACCGCUAUAAACACCUGUACAGAUUGGGUCUGGGUUUCAACCACAUCCGGAUGAUUGAGGACGGCAGCCUAUCAUAUGUCCCUAAUCUCAGGGAGCUGCAUUUGGAAAACAACCGGCUGAACCGCAUCCCCAUGGGUCUGCCAGACAUGAAGUACCUGCAGGUGGUCUACCUUCAUUCCAACAACAUAAGUCGAGUGGAUGUUAAUGACUUCUGCCCUCGAGGUUUCGGCAUGAAGAGGAACUUCUAUAAUGGCAUUAGCCUCUAUGGCAACCCAGUUAACUACUGGGAGGUGCAGCCUGCAACCUUUCGCUGCGUUGGUGACCGAUUGGGCAUUCAUUUCGGAAACUAUAAGAAAUAGAGAAUGGAUGAAAAGAGAGAUUUGGGGACCAAUACCAAUGCUGGAAUUGAAACAGAACAGAAAAACUUGGAAAAAGUGGACCAAAAUGGUGUUAACAAACAAAAAAAAAUUAUGUACCUUUGGAUGUUUAUGAAUUCUAAAGUUCACACCAAGGAUGCCAACUAUAAUGAUAAAGAUAUAGUUUUAAAAAUGAAAUGAAAUUUAAAGAAUAAAGUUGAAAGAAAAGCACAGUCCAAACCACAACUGUACAAAAAUGGCACAGAGAGGAAUAUUAUUUUUGGAAUCACUAUCAGACCGAUUGAUGACAGCCAAUCAGAAUCAACAUUAUAAAGAGAUCAAGCAUUUAAAGGGGCAGACAAGAAAACUGCAGCAUGCUUUUAAUGAACAGAACGUUAUUGUCUGUCGGUCACCGUGAUUUUGCAAAGUAAGACAUGUUCCUGGAUCAACAUCUUUUGAUGAUCCUGGAUCAACAUCAUUGUCCAUAAAUAUAGACUUAACCCAAUCCCUACCCCUAAACCUAACCUAACCCAUAAUUUAUUACUAAAAUCAGUGUGAAAUGAUAGCUGAUUAACAAGGAUGUUGAUCCAGGAACAUGUACUUGGUAAAAUCACGGUCACUAAUGUCUGUCGGUGUGGAUGCUAAUAUAGUUAUCAUUAUCUUUAUAGUGAUCAUAUAGCUAAUGGAAACAGACCUGAAAGAGAAAAGGAAGGAGCAAUAAAAAUAAGUAAUGGAAAAUUAAAAAAGAAACUCUAUUUACAAAACCAUAAUAAAGGUCAUUGUUUCAUAAGUGUUUUACAGUACAUUCUUACCAUUAUCAGUUCACUUUUUAAGGGCUCUUUGUUCGCUUGACACUUUUAUAAUAGUAUUAUUGAUAUGUACUUUUAUAUUAUUAUUUUAGUUAUUAUUUUAUUAUUGUUAUUAUUUUAUUAGUUUAUGUUUUAUUAUUAAUAGUGAAGUUUGGAUGGGAUGUUGAAAUGGGAAGGCUGAAUCUAGAUGUUAAAUUCAUGGUGCUUAUAAUAAGUGUAUCUGUGUUGUUUGUAAAAAUGUUAGUUUUCUUUUUUCUCCUUUUUUGCCUUAUUGUUGUGGGAGUACUUUAGGGCAAUGGAGGAACUUUACACAGACACCAUAUAAUUAUGUUGUCGAGUUUCAUUCAGCAAAAUGCCUCAUGUUCUUACCCAGCCCUUUUGGGUUUGAGGCUGAUUUAGAAAAGGAUUGUUAUGUUAUGUUGUUUUGCACAGUUUCCAAAUCUUUUCUUUGUAGCGUGUUGUUUUUCUCAUGUUUUCUUUGGCAGUGACCCUGCAUGCAUUUAGGCCACACACUACUGCAUGUUUCAAUAAAAUAUCUUUCAGCUUGACUUCAGAAGCAGAAGUGGCGUACCAUCAUGGUUUGAGAGCUGUGACUAAUAAAACUUGAGUUAACACGAGUUUGAUGAGUUCAGUGAACAUUGCAGUGCUCUUCUUGUUAAACAAGAAUGUGUCUUCCUUUCUCAAUAAAGCCAAAUAUUGAUUGAUUGCA